GCGGCCGCGUGCACCUCGUGCUACCUUGCCUGCCGCCUGAACGGCUUUCCCCUCGGGCACCGGGGCCUCGGUAAUCCGCGCAGGCUGCGCGCACGGCUGGUCUGAAUUAAGGCUCAUUUUAGAUCGAGGCGGUUGCUCCCACGUGAGCUGCCUAAAGGUCGGGCUCGGCUUCCUGUUUGCGCUCCGGCGUGGAUCCCGUGCUGGCCCUCGAGGCGAUGCGCGCGCUCGGCCUGCCUUGACCUCAGUAAAGCCCCUCGUUUGAGGCUAGCUGCUCCGUGCCUGCUGACUACAGUGGCCUGAGCUCGGGGUUCGUGCUGGGGAGGGCUCCCUGCGGCUGGGCGCCCAGGCCCUCACCGUGGCUCCCUGGAUGGCAUCUGCGGGGUCCGGACAGACCACGGCUGUCAAGGCUGAGGCGUCCCUGAGGGCUCCCCCGGCAGCAUGCGAGAUCUUAGUUCCCUGACCAGGGAUUGAACCCGCGACCUCUGCAUUGGAAGCACAGAGUCUUAACCACUGGACCAGCAGGGAAGCCCCCAGCUGGGUGUUGACAUGGACGCGGCUUCCUCUUGCACUCCUGGAACGUUCCCUCGUCGGGCCAGCUCCACACCAUGAGAUGCCAGGCUGCCCAGAGAGGUCCCGUGAAGGAAGACGGGGCCCCAGCGGAGUGCCCACUGACCACAGGCAUCCACGGUGGACCAUUCCACCCAGGCGAGCUUUGGGGCAACAGCGGACACACAGACACAGGUGCAGUACCCAGCUGAUCCCAGCAGCCCACGUGAUGUAAGUGGUGGCUGAUCUAAGACACUUAAGUUUUGGGUAUACAGGGGGUACCAUUUUUUAUCUGUUCAGCAUCCCAUCCUUUGGGGGAGCCAACCUGGCCCCCUCCAGGUGGUCCCCAGCCCCCCUCCUUCCCCCCCUUUCCCCUCUGUUGCCGUCACAGGUUGGCCCUGCCCGUCUUCCAGAAUCUCCCUCUGGGGCUGGAGGUGUUUGGAGCUUAGUCAUCUCGUGGGCUUGCCCUUAAAAACCCAGGUUUUCUCAUUCUAGCUGCUCGGCUGGCUUCUAGGUCACGUGCCAACACUGGCCCCUCUCCCCCCUCCCUCCACACCAUCUCAAGUUAGUUUCUCGUGUUUCCACUAAGGAACCACGAAUGACACAAACGUUGGCAGGAGGGAGGAGAUGGGAGGCCACUGUGCCCUGGGCCAGGGGCUUGGGGACAAGUUCUCACCUGAGAAGGGAGAGGUUCCCGAGGUCCCAGGGUCCGUGGCCCUGUUGCCGAGAGCUGAACUGCUGAUCGUGUCCAGUGGGGGGUCUGCACGGCUGCCCCUGACAGCGGUGGGCCGUGGAGAGGGGCUCGCCGACCCCGCAGUUCUCACCCGGCUGCGGAUGAUGCGCAGGGCUGGUUGGCUGGCUGCUCUGCUCAGAGACUCCGUGCCGGCGCCCCUGGGCUGAAAUCCUGGAAAACUGAACUGGGGGCAGAGCCCACAGGCGCUGCACGUGGCACUGGCUGAACUUGCAGUCACUGCAACAAGAGUGGGGCGUUCGCUGGAAAAGGCUGGAAGCGGUUGUUUGAAAGUCAACACCUGGGAGGCCUGGGAAGCCCCCAACCCAGAGGGAGCAGUUCCCGCGCUGGUGGACGGGUCGGGAAUUCCCACAGCUCUGCCUUGCUCCCAGAAGGCUCCGGGCAGCGAUCCCGAGGGUAGCCUGGGGACAGAGAGCUUCCACAGAGGGAAAUGGAAGGAGUCGUGGGUUUCCGUCACCAUUUGUGAGACAAGGACCUGCCCUCCGGACGAUGAGUGUGCCCUGCAGGCCGGUCCACUGAAUGCCCUCCAUCUGGGGGGGCAGAGAGCAGUUGGCCCCUCGUUAGAACUGGCCCUGGGCGCCCCCUCCACCUCACCCGCCCACCGGAACCUGGCUCUGCCACCCGGGAGUGCGAGUCUACCUCUCUUCAUCUGGGCCUGGGAGUCCUCAGGGCCCCCCAGGCCUGCCCACACCUGUUCCUCCUGGGCCUUUGCUGCUGAACCCCUGGGAGGGGUCAGCCUGGUGACUCUGGGGGCCCAGGGCUCUGUCCUGUCUGGGGCCAGUGGGCCAGGCAGCACGUGGGCCGGGGGGCAGGGCCGGUCCCUUGGGUGGCACGGCCCCUCCUCCCAGCCUUUACUCAUUAGCCAGACUGUGUGGUGCCCCGGCCGGCUGGGCGAGGCUGGCUGCGUGGGUGCUCUGGCCUGUGGCGUGGCUGCUGCCCGGGCUCGGAAUGGACGGCCCCCAGGACAUGGUCCCCCCGGGCCGAGGGAGCCGCUGCCCUGCCCUCCGCAGGCUGGUCCCUGUCGGCUUCGGGGCCGAGGCGAGGACGCUCGUUGUCCUUUCUGGACCCCUGUUCCUCUUCCAGAUGCUGAACUUCAUGACCUACGUCGUGAGCUCGGUGUUCUGCGGACACCUGGGCAAGGUGGAGCUGGCAGCAGUGACCCUCUCGGUGGCCUUCGUCAAUGUCUGCGGAGUUUCCAUUGGAUUUGGCUUGUCCUCGGCCUGUGACACCUUAAUGUCCCAGGGAGACUUGGCAGGUGCUCUCGCGCCGGGGGGCGGGGGGCGAUGCCUCCCCCAUCGGGAGCUGUUGGCGAGCCAGGCACGACGGGCGGACGGAGGCUGGGGCUCAGCAAACAGCUGCUGCUGUCCCUCUAGCUUCGGCAGCCCCAACAGGAAGCACGUGGGAGUCAUCCUGCAACGCGGCGCGCUGAUUCUGCUGCUUUGUUGCUUUCCCUGCUGGGCGCUCUUCCUCAACACCCAGCACAUCCUGCUGCUCUGCAGGCAGGACCCGGCCGUGUCCAGGCUGGCCCAGGAGUACGUGCAUGUUUACAUCCCAGCGCUCCCGGCAAAUUUUCUUUACAGCCUGCUGGCCAAAUAUCUGCAAAAUCAGGGCAUCAUGUGGCCCCAGGUCCUCAGCGGCGUCGUGGGCAACUGCGUCAACGGGCUGGCCAACUACAUCCUGGUUUCCGUGCUGGGCCUGGGGGUCAGGGGCUCGGCCUGUGCCAACACGGUCUCCCAGUUCACGCAGGCUGUCUUCCUGCUGCUCUGCGUCGUGAAGAAGAAGCUGCACCUGGACACGUGGGCAGGCUGGUCCAGCCAGUGCCUGCAGGGCUGGGGCCCCUUCUUCCGCCUGGCCGUGCCCAGCAUGCUCAUGACUUGCAUUGAGUGGUGGGCCUACGAGAUCGGGAGCUUCCUCAUGGUUCUUCCCUUCUUCAUCACACCUCGUACACAGAGGAGAGACCCUGACCCUGUAACACCUGGGCAGGGGUCUCCUGGAGGGCUGGAGCCCAAGCGGGAGCGUCCUUUGCUGCAUCUGCCCUUGGAAACCACUGGCCCCUUGGCCCCCGAGCGAGGGGCUUGCUGUCAGCCCAGGGCUGUGGGCUGGCCGGCCGGGCACUCACCAUGUCCCCCGCCACCCCCAGGCCGGCUCAGCGUGCUCGACCUCUCUGCGCAGGCCAUCAUCUACGAGGUGGCCACUGUCGUCUACAUGAUUCCCAUGGGGCUCAGCAUCGCGGUCUGUUUCCGAGUGGGGACGGCCCUGGGAGCCGCAGACACCGUGCAAGCCAAGCGAUCUGCCGUCUCAGGCACCCUCUGCACAGUUGGCACCUCGCUGGUCGUGGGCACCCUGUUGAGCCUCCUGAGGAAUAAACUGGGCCACAUCUUUACCAAUGACGAGGAAGUGGUCGCCUUGGUCAGCAAGGUCCUGCCGCUUUACGUCGUCUUCCACCUGUUUGAGGCAGUCUGUUGUCUCUACGGUGGGGUCCUGAGAGGGACCGGCAGGCAGGCCUUCGGGGCCGUCGUGAACGCCAUCACGUACUACGUCAUCGGCCUCCCGCUGGGCGUCGUGCUGACCUUCGUGGUCGGGCUGGGGAUCACGGGCCUCUGGCUGGGCAUGCUGGCCUGUGUCUGCCUGGCCGCCGCGGCCUUCGUCACCUACACCGCCUGCAUGGACUGGAAGCGGGCUGCGGAGGAGGUGCAGAAACGUGUGGGGCUGCCGCCCCAGGCCGCUGAGAGCACAGCCCCCAGCCUCAGACCCGGGCCUGAGAGAGCGGUCGUAUCUUCAGUGGCUACGGGCAGCUACCCUGGCGUGACCCUGACAAUGUACUCAAGGCCCGAGGCCCAUCUGGACCUCUUCGGGACUCCAGGAGCAGCCCAACCCCUGCCAGCUCCCCCUGGCAGACUGUCGGCCAAACAGCUGGCCAUCCGCCGAGGGGCUGCUCUGGGGGCAGCGACGGGCACGCUGGUAGUGGGGCUUGUCAUCAGGGUCCUGACUGCCAGGCCCUAGCAAGAAAGGAAGCAGAGUGGCUGCCCACCCCACAUCCUCAAAAACAGACCUUUAGCCAGUGCCUUGUGUGAUGUAACAGGUCUGAACUGCGGUUAACUGCUCUUUAGAAGACCUCAACUGACCGGAAGACGAGGCUCCUGGGGUUGCUACCAUUAUUCAGUAACGUAAAUGGCUUCAAAUUGGAGAUUUCAAGUCAAAACAAAAUGGCAAAUAGCGCCGUUACAUUAAGAAGUGCAUAUUUCUAGGCUGAGUCUGCUGCCCAAGUCUGUACACAAACUUUGUGAAGCUCUGGAAAGGGGGCCAGGAGGCCCCGCACGGAGACCCCCAUCUGCGUCCUGCCCACGCACCCUCCGCAGAUCCAGGCGCCGUGAGGCCCCGACCAGGGCCGGGCUGGUCACCUUUCCUUCAGUCCUCUCGUGGCAUCCGCAUUUUCACGUAUCACAGACCUUGAGAAACACCUUUCAUACAGUAGCAAUAAGAUACAAACAAGGGCAGUGAAGCCCAGAUCGUUGGGCCACGUGGCCUCGGGCUGGAAUCUGAUGCUGAUCCAAGUUCUAGGAUGCUUUUGAGGCCUGGGACUCGUGACCAUUUCUGGGCUCCAGGCCGCACACCGCCACCCAGUGCGGGCAGCCUGGCCUCUGUCAUCAUCAGUCCCUUCAGCAUCAGUAGCUAUAAACACACCCACAGACAGACGGAUUUAUUGAUCAAGGUCAAUAGGAAACAAGGAUGCAGAGUGCAAACCCUGGUUCUGAAGAGUCAACACGCCAUGGAUCCUGCUGCAGGCCCUCCGCCCACAGGAAAGCAGAAGCCUGCAUCCUCACGUGACAUGAAGACAGCUUCUGCACCCAAACACAACGACCAGGUACGGAGCACAGAAGGGUCACGUCACGUGUCCUAAGGUUGAGAGGUAUUGAGGAAGAAGGACUCCAUGCUCAAGUAAGUUUGGGAAACAACACACAUCGGCACGUCAAAGGUUCUGUAGGCCUGGGAUCUUUAAGAUGCUGGUGUGCUUUACAAACCCCUUCUAGGCAGGGUCGGCAGUGGGGCCAGUUUUUGUGUAAAACCUUAUGGGAUUGGUGUCUCGUGAACGUGCUUACAGAAAUACUUGUUUUGGGUCAGCAGAUGGGGAAGGAGGAUAUAGUUGGGAAAAAAAAAACCUAUCUACUCUAUAGAUUAUUUUUAAAAACAACCCACAGAUGACAAAGUAAAACUUGAGAAAAAUCUUCUUGGCUGAGAAUUUAAAAUGAGAAAAAAUCAGUUAAAGAAAGGUGACCAACACCACCUUUCAAUAGAUAAAGGCAAAAAAGUGGAUUUAUAGUUGGAGAAAACUUGUGGUCAAAGAAUUGUCUCCAACAGGGGAUAUCUGAAAACGAGGA